CCGGUUGUCGACGGUGAUGAGAGCCGCACGCUUCCCAUCAUCGAUUUAGAGCUGCUGAUGAAUCCUGAAGUUUGUGAAGAGGAGCGCGCUAAGCUUGACCUCGCUUGUCGCGAAUGGGGCUUCUUUCAGCUAAUUAAUCACGGAGUGCUAGCAGAGGUGAUGGAGAAGGUGAAGGAAGAUGUCGCCAAUUUCUUCAAGCUUCCUUUGGAGGAAAAAGAAGCUUUCAAACAACUACCAAGCGGUGUGGAAGGCUAUGGGAACCUCUUUGUAAUUUCAGAAGAGCAGAAAUUAGACUGGAAAGACAUACUUGUAUGCUAUACCCAGCCACAAACAAAGCGGAACAUGAGAUUCUGGCCUACGAAUCCUCCAACAUUCAGGGAGACUGUUGAUAAUUACUCUAGCGCAUUGAAGGGAGUAUCAACUUCUCUAUUAGGAUCACUGUCUCACUGCCUGGGACUUGAAUCUCAACAUCUAAUCAAUGUUUUUGGAGAGCAAGUACAGGCUAUGCAAUUCAACUACUAUCCGCCAUGUCCGAAAGCUAACAAAGUUUUGGGCCAUUCUCCUCACUCUGAUGGCACUGGGUUAACAAUUCUAUUGCAAGCAAACAAUGUUUCAGGUUUACAAAUUAAGAAGAGUGGUAAAUGGUUCACUGUUGAACCGUUACCGGGAGCUUUUGUUGUUAAUGUUGGUGAUCUUCUUGAGAUAUUUAGCAAUGGGAGAUACAAGAGCGUGGAGCACAGGGCGACGAUAAACCCUGAAAAUGCCCGUAUCUCAGUAGCAGCAUUUCACACGCCAGCAUGCAAAAUCAUCGGUCCUCUUCCCGAGCUCUUAAAGGGAGGUGAAGAAUUAUACAAGACCACGAGUGUAGAUGACUUUGAAAGGGGAUAUUUUGCAGCAAAACUCAAUGGAAAGAGCCAUUUAGAGUGCAUGAAGAUAUCAAAAUGAAGAAUUCAUGUCUUUAUUUUAUGUUUCCCUAGCAUUUUCUUUUAAUAAAUAGAUUUGCAUUCACGCACGAACACAGGUUAGCAACAAUCCGAUCCAAAGUGUGCUUUUGGUUAAAAAAAAUGUCACUAGUCAAAAAUAAAGUGUUCAUGUACAUUAGAUGUAGUCUAAACCUUCAUGUUUUGCAUUGUGUUCUCUGUCAAUUCUCAUGUUAAGGAAGAUGGAAAUAUAUUUCCAAGUUACCAUGAUUUUGUUGAAUCUACUUUUGGGACAUUUAGUAUCUAAAUGGACUAAGUGCAGUCUGUACU